AAACUUCAAAUUUGAAGUUUUGAAAAGUGAAACUCUAUAUUUGAAAUUUCACUCUUCAAAACUUCAAAUUUGAAGUUUUGAAGUUUCUUUUUGGAGAGCAAAAAACUCUAUAUUUGGAGUUAUAGGAGUUUCUUUUGGAGAUGCUCUUAGAGAUGUCAUGUCUUGAGAAAGUGUUACAGAUGCCUCAUUCGAUUAUCUUGAACUAAUUGUCAGGUAUUAGAGCUGCCUCAUCGACUAAAAAGCCCACUUGUUCUCCACCAUUUUGCUAAUACUUCAAGAGUACGAUUUUGUUAUACAAGAGAGAGUAAUAAAGGAGCUUAACUAAAGUAAUAAAGUAAGAUGAGAGAAAAUAAAUAAUAAAAAGUAGAAAAUGAAAAAGCAAAGUAUAUAUGAAUAUUUAUUAAUAUAUAUAUAUAUAUAUAUAUAUAUAUAUAUAUAUAUUUAUAGAAUUAUUUGAAAUUCAAUUGUGUAUUAUUUUAUGUAGCAUAUAAAUAUAAAAAUAAUUGAUCAAACAUUGAACUUUAAAGUUAGGUCCAAUGUUUGAUCAAUUCUUUUUAUAUUUAUAUACUACAUAAAAUAAUGGAUAGAAAUUUUUUUAUAUAAAUUGAUAUAAUGAUUUCAUAUUCAUAUAAAAAUAUAAUCUAAUCUUUAAUAAUUAUUAGUCUCUUAUAAUGUCCAUAUAUGCUUUUUAAAUAAUUAGACUUUGAAGAUUAGAUGAAUUAUAUUGAACGAACAUGUUAGAAUUUUGAUUCAAAAUUGUUUGGUAUUUAAAUCAAAUAAUAAAGUGAAUAAGGUGAUGUUAUGAUUGAAAAAAACUAUAAGAUGGUUUUUGGUUCAUUGAUUGUAUAAUUUUUAUUACUAUUUAGAGAAAAAUAAAUAUUAAGUAAAAAUUAAGAAAACAUUAGCAAAAAUUUAAUAAAAAUAAAUAAAUAAUAACAAAAACAAUAAGAAGAAGAUGCAUAAUAUACAUUGGAAAAGUACGUAUGAUUAUUUUAGAUUCUACCAUACUUGUCAAAAAAUGUUUUACCAACAAGAAAGUCUUUUAACAUCCCGAAAUCUUAUAACAUAAACAACUCGAGCGUCUUAUUUGGCAGGAACUCAUAAACUAGCAAUCUUGGAGAUCCAGUUACGCAAUAACCAAUAUGGGAAUUCCUGUGAUGAACUCUACUUAUGAACUGUAUCUCUGCUUGAAACUCUCGUUCUCCUUGUCUACUUCCAUCUUUAAGAUGCUUAACCGCAACCUCAGUCCCAUCUUGAAGAACUGAUCAAUCCAAAAAAUAUCAAUUAUAUUUACAAAUUCAAAACAAUUGAAAGUGAAUUUAUAUAUAAUCUAAAAUAAGUAAGUAAAUAACUUAAAAUAAAUAAAUAUAUAAACACAAUACUUAGAGUUGUCCCAAAAAUGUGGUCAUGCUUGUGAUUAUUUUUAAGAUAAUCUUCGUAAUGAUUCUUUCUACAAAAAAUUACAAAAUAGUAAUAAGUUAAAUAUUUACUUAUUUUAAUUAAGUUAUAUCUGAACUUAUUUUGAAUCUCUUUUAUUAAAAAAUAUUCAUUCUCAUAGAUCCAAAAUAUUGUAAGUUUUUAAAUUAAAUACCAGUGAUUUGAAAUUCGAUCCGGAUCCGCGGUCAAACCGGUAAAUCCGGUAUGUAAUCCGGUUUGGGUUUUAGAAAAAGCCCAUUAUUUAAAACCCUGAUAAAAUCCACAAAGAGACGUUAAAACCCAGAAUUUGACUACUGGUUGAACCACUGGUUUAACCCAUACAUAAAUUUUAAUUAUUAUUUUUUGGAUUUUUCAGUUACAUUAUUAUAAUUUGUUUUGUAUUCUAAUUAAUAUGUUAAUUUUUUUUUUAAAGAUCAUACGAUCAUGUGGAGCAUGAAUCUGUUAAGAAAAUUAGUUGAUAUGAAUUGGCAUUAGUUUUUUUGUUAACGAUAAUUUAUUACAAUUUAAUGUUUUAUUUUUAGCUUAUUUUGAAUUUAAAAUUUUAAUCUUAUUAUUCAUAUUACACAUUUAAAUACAUAGAUUUUACGUCUUGAUAUAUUUUUAUCCUAUCUUGUAACUCUUAACUUGUUACUAAAUUGUUUAAUAGUCUUUUUUUGUUGAUAUUUUGUAUAUUAAAUGAAAAUAAAAAUUAAGAAAGCUAAAGUUAAUUAUUUUUCCAAAUAUUUUUAAAACAUAAAACACUUAUUAUAUUUUUCAAUAGGUAAUAUAUUAUUAUAUAACAUAAUUUAUUUAUUUAUUAACCCGUGAUUUGCAUGUGGUCGACUCAAUAACCCAAUAACAUCAAGUAGUUUUAUGCAAAUAAAAUCUUAUAGUCAAUAAAUUAACAUCAAAUAAGUUUUAUAAUUAAAAAUUUAUCAAAUAACUAUAUAUCACAAAUUUAAUCAGAAAAGUUACAGAUAUUUGAUUAAAACUUCGUAAUGUGGGUUAAAAUAAUUAAAAAAAAAUUAAGUAAUAUUGUAGAUAAUUUUUUAUUUAAUAUAAAUAUAAAAUAAUAUAAUUAUAUAGUUAUCAAUUACACUAAAUAAAAAAAGUUAAAACAUUACUUAUCAAUUUGUUAAAAUAUAUUGAUAUCGUAAAUUAGAUUUUGGUAAAAAUAUUUUCGGUACUUUAAACUUGGGUCAUAAUCUAGUUUGGGUUUUAAAACACUAACAAAUUUGUGUGUAACCAAUAUAAGAUAUUACGGAUCGUAAAAUACUUCAACAUACGGCCACGUGACAAUAGCCACAAUGAUUUUGCUACUUGUAACACGUAAAUCCACCAUAUAUUUCUUAUUUUUGUCAAAAGCUUCAAAGGUCAGGUACCACUGAAUGGGAUUUACGAGAGACAUGUCCGGAGUCUUUAGAUCGACGAGAAGAAGAUAAAAUCAUGAACUCUAAAAUCGACUUUACAUCAGCGUGAAGACAACGAGAAUAUAUUAGGUCUUCUUGCCCAAAGUCACAAGUCAGGAACUCCAAUAUUGAACUUGGGUGUAUAUCUUUUUGGUUUGUCAUGUAGCUAACAUAACAUCUUCGCUUGUUAUUCCACCUUGACAAAAAACUCGAAGAAAAUGAUUACCUUGAUGACCACAAUAGGGCAGCUCGAAGUCAUUGUAGAUCGCAGAACUUGGGUCCACGUAGAGAGCUAGAUAUCAUCUUGAAGAAACAAAUUUUUGGUGUAACCCAGAUCUCGUGGCUGGCCAGUGACUUCUCGACCCUGAUUUGUAAAACCAAUUUCAAUGUCAAAUUUGCUAAUCGCCUGAACAUGGUCAGUAGAUUUAAGGUGAUGACAUCCACCUCUUGAAUUCCAAUGAAACUGGCAUCGUUUUCCUCAUCAAGGAUGUCGGAGGUUGGAUCUUCAUCAACACCAUCAUGAUAGACAUGAUUGACAUCAUCAUAAACAUCAAAUAUUAGGUUGAUGAUCGAGGCCUUCUCCAACCUCAUCGUCGAAGAACACAGUACUUGCUCUUCGUUGUCGAAGACCAUCAUAGAUAUUGGAAAUAGGUUCACCAUGAAUCCUCAUAGAUCAAUGGAUAGAUGAUUGACUCGUUUCAUGAGUCUCCAGAUGUUUUACGAUGUAACUCAGCCCAAUGAUCUACUGUAUUCGUUGCUCUGUCAAUCCGUCAAGAAUGUAUAAUUGUCCCAUGCCAUGAUUUUUAUAGAUUGGGCCAGCCUCAAACUGGAUAGACUCGAAUCUCGAUUGAUUCGAAAAGGAAUAUAUGUUUGACAAAAAGUUGAUGAUCGUUGAUUUUGAAGAAUAACAACUCAAACAAGGAUUCCAACAAUCAUUUAUUCAAAUAAAUGAUGAAGACAGAAGAAGAACUGUACAUUCUGUCAUUUUUGUUCAAGAUAAUAUUAAUGAUUUACAGGCGAGAUAAAUUACAAUUUAAAUAGAAAAUACUAAUUAAUGAAACCCUAAUCUAAUGAUGUACAUUUUUAAGAAAGAUCAUAAAAGCCCAAGACUAAUUACAAGCCAACACGUAAUACAAAGAAGUGGAAAUCAUAAUCACGAUGAGGAUCAAUGAGACGGGAUCGUGUGUGAAGAUGCACUGCAUCAGAUAAUUUAUUGAUCUAUAAAAUAUAGAUUCUCGUACAUUCAUAGAGCUUUCGUUUUUCGAAUUGGUCAAAAGUUAUCUAAACGGUUAGGCCAAAGUGGACUUUGCUACUUGGAACCAAAAUACACUCAUAAUAAUGGUUAGAGUUGAACAUAGACUUGAAAAUCCUAACACAACAUAACCAUCCUACUUAACCUUUAAACACUACAACCAAAUAUCUUAAAAGUUCAUCUCACUACAAGUCAUUCAAUUGUUAUUAUACACCCAAACGACGGUCCUAAGAUUUUGUUCCCAUUUCUCUCAUGGUCAACCGCCAAAACAUGUAGCAAAAAUAACCUAGUGGUGUAUUUUCGAUUUCCUUUGUGAACUAAAUUAUCAUCAUUUGGUGAGUCUAUACUUGGAUUUCGGUCCAAAUAGUUUACAUGGUGGAUCGUAACAGAUGAUCGGUUCACUUCCUGGCAUUAACCGGAAUGUAUUCUAAACUCGGGCCAGACAGUAUGAUAACCAGUUCAUUCUAUAGCACUAAGUGCGUUCUUUCCGAUGUCAACCGGAUCAACCGAUAGGAUUUAUCAAAAAAAUAGAGCAAAUGUACCAGCUGUCGUCUGGUACGAUGCGGGAUAUAUUAAAUCUCAACCAAAUGAGACAAAUUUUACAGUAAUGAAAUAUUAAGGGCACGACAUGCAUCUACAUUACGGGUAGUUUUUUUUAAAGAUUAUGAGUUCAUUCAAUUUAUUUUUGUCUGACUGAUUCUGUUAGAAUAGAUACACCGGUAACAACAUUGUUAUAAGGUACAUAAAUUGGCUUCUUGUAGUUAUGAACUUUCUCUAUUCUUUGACCAAAAUUCAGUGAAUGCUCCCUGUAAUUUUUCCCUCAAAAUUUUACUACUGGAAAAUUUUAUCCGUCUUUCAAUUCUCUUAUGGAAAAAAUUAAAGAUCCCAUAUUGUGGAAUUGGAUAAUAUAUAAGAGAUUUGAAUCAUUCCACUUACCGCCAAUUGGUUUUAAACUUGAAGUCCAAGAGUUGUCAUGAUAUCAGAGCUAGGUGCCACACCAUAACCCAUUAAUCCGGCCCGAAAAGUGGCCCGAUCAACCCACUAAUUGAUGGUCCAAAGAAGGUUCAAUUUCUUCGAGAUUGGUAGAAAAAAUAAAACAUUGUCUCGGUUGGAUAUAAUGGACUCUGCGAAAUUAAUAGUUUAUACGCACUAUUAUCUCGAAGAAAGGUAUUAGAAAGAAGAUCUCAUAUUAAAAAUAUAUAAAAGACUUGAGUAAUGUAUAAAGACCACUCCAUUUACCGCCAAUUGGUUUUAAGUUGAAAGCCCAUAAAAUUUGUCACUCUCUAAGCUUAACUCUGAGUUGUGCCAAGGAAAUUAGGUUGUUAAGGUCCUUAAUGUGUUUGACAAAAAAAAAAAAAAGAAGGUCCUUAAUGUAAAAGUUGGCAGAAUUGCUCUCUAAGCCGAUAUAUAAACUUUAUUUACUCAUGCGAUACAUUUUAUCCUUGUCCAGUAUAUUUGUUGAUCCUUUGGAAAUACUUUGUUUUCAAUCAAACAUAUCUGCAGUUCCAACUUGUAUUUUUGUAUUUACCAAACAUGAAUUUUAAUAAAAUUCACGUUCUAAUUUUUUUUAAUAAACUUAAUAUAUUAAUAUAACUCCAAAAAGGUAAAUCGGAAAUCCACGUUCUAUAAUUUAGGUUCAUCCGUAGGAGAUCUCAUCCUUUCUUAUAUGUGGCAAUCUCAGAUUUCUAGUGCUACCCUAUGAGAAUUUAAUUCAUAGACGAAUAUAUUUUCAAAAUGAACCUUUUCAGUCUAGUUUAUGUGAGAAUUUUUGUUCCAAAUCAAGCUAGUCAGCUACUCCAAGCAUGACAUCGCCCAACUAAAUGACCAGAAUAAUUCAACACAGCCAAAUAAACACAACAAAUUUCCACCUGUAACAAAAAGAGAGACCUCUCUCACUCUCAAAACAACUCUAAUCUCUCUGAAAGAUAUGGAUUGAUAAGAGAGGAAGAGAUCGAGAGAAAACUCUCUCUCUAGGAGAGAAGAGAGACUGCUUUUCAAUCACAUUCUGACCGGCUUUCGUCUCCGGCGUUCUCGCGUUCUUCUCCGGCGGAGAACGGCUGGAUUUUGACUCUGGGAUGCGGUGUAGUUCUCAGCUCCGUAUCGCCGGCUUUUGGCUCCGUGUCACGCGUCUUUCGUGUUGACGGCGGCUUUUCAACGGGGUUAUCCCGGUUUAGUCUGACCGGCGUUUCUGUUCUUCUUCUUCCCAAUCGACUCUCCUUCCUUGGCCUCGUCUGUCUCUUCCUUCCUCUUCAUGAGUCGAUUCAUCUUCGGGCUAUUUCAAAUCAUAAAAGAUGUCUGAUUUGCAUGUUGGAAGAUCGAUGGUUGAGGGAUGAUUGAAGACGAUUGAAUCUUUUGGAAAUGACUGGUCCGGAAGCGAUUUGGCUAACCGUGAAGAAGGCUCUGUCUGAGUUUCUUUCUUCAUCGGCUUCAGUUCCACUGACGGCGGAAGUCCGUCGCCUCUCCGUUGCAGUGCCGGUGAAAGAUGGCUGACUCUCGCCUUGACACGUGUCUCAGGAUGCUGGGCGUUCGUACACGCGGUGGGCAAACUGUCAGUUCCUUCCUCAUCCGGUUUUCGUUUUGGGCUUUAGGCCCAGAGCGGUUUGUACAGUCUGGCCCGUUUGUUGGGCCUGUUGUUUCUUGUUAUGUUUUGGAAUGGGCCUAGUUGGGCCUUUUUCCUUUUAAUAAAAUACCAGUGGAAAAAAAAAAUAUCAAUGACUAGGCGGAAACAAAUAUUUUAAUAGUCUAACAUGAUAUUAAAAGAACCACCCAUGCUAAUAAUGAACUCACCUGAGUUAGUUCUGAUUUUUGGGUCCUUGCAAUGGGGCUCAAACAAACAUUUUCUUCUAAUGAUUGUGAUACUUAAAACAUAACAAAAAUUAUUCAUUAAUUUUUUAGAGAGUAAUAUGAAACAAGAAUAUAAAUAUAUUAGUUUUCAGAUCUAUGUUUUUUUAGAUCUAUGUUUUCUUACGAUUAAAAAAAGCAACCUAACUAAGAACAAACAAAUGAAAAUCCAACAUCUUUAAAAUCUAUAGGGAACCGCUUUGACUUCAGUCCCAAUUGGAUUUCGAUUUCAGUGUUCGUUUUAAUGUAUGUGUCUUACGCAAUUGACUUACAAGUUACAACUGAACUUCUCUCAGAACAAACUCUAAAGAACUUCUAACGCAAAGUUCUUACGUGACCGAAUAGGUCAACAGGGUCAAAAAUCAACGUUGUCCAAGUCGUUAACGUGGCCUAAUAAUGAGCAAGCGACACUUCUUCAAAUUGAUUUCGUCGUCAACCAAAUCCAAAAAUAUACUAGUAGAAAUUAAAAAGUUGACUCGUUCAUUCCUUUUGUGGUCCUUCACAAUGCUUGUUAUUAAAAAUAGAAAGAAACAAACACUUUUCGUGGGUCAAUAUUAAUUUCCACGCAUAUUCCUAUGUACUUUGUAUAUAUAAUAGAUACCUUUGGACUUGCAAUUGUCAUCAAGAAUCUCUCAACAUCUCAAGUUACCUCUAUUCUCAUUCUCCCUCUUUAAAAAUAUAUCAGAAUUUCUGAAGCUUUUCAAUAAUUGUCUCGAGCUAUGACCGCCCAGAAAUCUGUGUUGCAAUUGAGUGUUCACGAGGAAAGAAUCAGGAAGAAAGUGUGGGCGACCGUUUCUAAAUUUUCAGGGGUUACUUCGAUAACAAUGGAUGAUAAAACCGGGAAAAUGACGGUAGUUGGUGAAGCUGAUGUACCGGUUAUCGUAAAGAAGCUAAGGAAGAUAUGUAAUGCAGAGAUUGUUACGGUUGAAGUUGUUAAACCACCAGAGAAAAAGCCAGAACCAGAGAAACCGGCCGAAAUUGUUGCCUUCCCUGUUACGCAUUUUAGCUACCCGUACCAAUAUCAUUCGUCCUAUGCUAAUUCUUACUAUCAACCAUGCGAUAAUUACAGAGUUGUGGUGGAGGAAUCAAAUACUUGUGUGAUUAUGUAACACUCCAUUUUAGUCUGUAGAACUAUUAAUUUUGAUGGAAGAAUGUAUUUUUGUGUUACUAUGAUAUAAAUUUCUUGUAAUGAGCUUAAAUUGAAGGAAAAAGGAAUUGUAAUUUUUGUUUAUAGAAAUUA